CGGUGCGAGCAGUGCCAAGCAGCGGGGCAGCAGGAGACAGGCACAUCGAAGAAGGCAGUGCAGCGCCAUCUAUCGCCUAGCGACAGAGCUCCGGAGUUUUAUUCCGACUCGGGCCGCCGACACCGGUACCCAUUCGAACCGCCGACGCCGUCUCUGAGAAGCUGUUCCCCGUCAGCAACAGCAGCCGUCGCCAUGUUGAAUGCCCGCGCGUGGGCCGUCGCCCUGCUGGCCCUGCUUGUGCUGAGCGUCACCUCAGCGGCCAAGGGCACGCCCCAGUUCGUGCCCAACGGACGGUACGGCCGCCGGAGCGUCACGCCGCCUCUCGCUGGUGUAUCCAGAGACCUGACGGUGAACUUCUUCGGGGACUCGAGCAUAUCCUGCACCUACACGGGAUUCGCGGACAUCUACAGGUGUUCCAGGAAAGCCUCCGAGGAUUACAAGGACACGUCGUUCGAAUGAAAGCGACCACCGGCCGACCCCUCUAGCGGCGGCGACACACGACUUCUCCACGAUCUUUCUCGCUACAAUGAGAAAGCGCAAGAAGACAUGACGAAGGAAAACGGCAUCACACCCAUUUUUUUCGACCGAUCCUGCCUACUUUCUUUUAGCUAAUACAACGUAUAGUAAACCACGAGGUGCUAAGCAACGAGACAUCCUGUUAAGAAAAGCAAGUUACAUUCGUUCCUCCUAUAGUCUAUUUGUAAAACGAGGCAGUAUCCAAUAAGCUUGACUGUGAGAAUUAUUCCGAGCUCGCGAACAAUGAAAACUGGAGGAUAUUUCUGCGAACAAAUAUUAAUGCGCAUAGUGAAAGUAUCGCGGUGCGCAUUUAGAUACUGUUCAUAUCCCCAUUUACUUCAUUUUAGAUUGGACCGCACCAUCCAGUGCUGAAAUAAACGACUGUACAUUCACGUUUGACGCGUGGUUUGUCGUUGAGUAGAACUUGUUGCUGGGCGAGUUGGUUGGGAUCUAAUGAAUACAUUGUUGAGCCAAAAAAAGGAAAAUAAAGACUUGGGAAGGAAGAGUACGAAAUGACAGAAUGAGCGCUGUCGCGUGGUUUGUCAUCAGCUUCUUGGUUGCCUGUAUGAUAGCCUAGCCUCUCACAGUGCAGAACCGACGCUUCUGUAAUCACAGAGGACCUCCCCGGAUGAGCGAAGGAGUUAGCCGGCAGAAGCUCACCAAGCGGCUGCGCUGCGUCUCGAACACUGUUCGGCCGAAGGUUCCCAUAAGUGUGUUUCAUGCAAAUUGGGCUGCUCGUUUCGCGACGAGUGUCCCGCUUGGCUCUAAGUUCCUGAAUCGGGCGCUCCUUCACCGAGAACUUCGCGAGUUAUUUCGUCCAAGCAUGCGCGCCUUUGUCGUCCAAGCCUUUCAGGCCUUUUUUCGUAAUCCUCUUAGAAAACGCGUCGAAUUAUGUUAGCCGCAAACCUAGGCGGGCUGAGGACUCGUCCAGCCGUGAAGUGCAACAAUCUCGAACGUCCGCAUUCUAACGGCGCCAUUAACAUUUGAAAGUUCAGAGCGAAAUCACUAGUCUCUAUAGAGCUUAAGCGUCUUACCUGAGCUCGCCAAAUAUAGCGUUAGUAAAGCUUUACGCCGACAGCACCGGCCCACACCGUCUAUCAAUUAACGCAUUUUGGGACUUUCUUUCUCCGAAUAGCGGGUAUUUUCGCGAAAGCUCGGGACUUUUGGAGCGAUGACGGUGCAAUAUCGCAUUGCUCGGGCUAUACGUACAUCGCCGAAAUUGUUAAUUUCGACGAGACAGUUUCGAUUUGCAUGGGAGAGGAUUGUGAAAAAGAAUAGACGUGUGGAGGUUCGGUGAUCACAGCAUCGUUAAUCUGCAUAACCUCCCUUAUUCCGCGGAGAACUGCGCUUCCCUUACCCAGCGACUCUCCGUUGUCACUCGAUCCCCAUUGUCAUUUUUAUUCAUUUAGCCUACGACCUAUGCGCUUUGCUUAACUUUGCCUUGACGCUCCUUUUUUUUUCGGCUGAUCUCGCUUAAAGCACAAGCUAUAGGUUCGAGGACUCUUUCACCACGCGUCAAACGUGAAGGCGAUUGAAUACAUUUGUGCCGCCGACAAGCUUUAUUGUAGAGCAAAGCGAAGUAACCCUAAGUCCCUGUGUGCGAUAAGCCCUGCUUCUUAUCUUUCCUCUAUAUAGUCAGGGAGCACAACUGCGAGACAAUCCCCUAAGACGCGACUUCUUCGAAACGUGACGGCAUCUUUAUCCUCUCGUGCUGGGACACCGUUCAAGCUGGAUGAUAUUCUGUAUUAAAUAAAGGUGACGCGUAUAUUCCAA